GCAUAAAUUUCCUUAUAGUGUGUGCCUUAAGAUGUGUACAACGCCCUGACGGUGGACAGCCUGACUCAGAUGGACACACUGCCCUCCUCAACCCUGCACGUGGAAAACUUCUGGUCCACCACCGCCUACACCAUCGGCGCCCACGCCUACACCCUUGACCACAUCGAACACGGCAUCCUCAGAGGAAACAAGAUUCACCCCAGCUUCGGGAACCCAGUCCUGGCACCCGGUGACCCCCGCCUCAAACACUCCCUUCCUCACGUCGACCCCAGAAUACACUUCGCCCUUAACUGUGGCGCCAAGACGUGUCCGGUAGUGAGGGUGUACAGCAGCAGUAACUUGGAGGCAGCGCUGGAGGGAGCCACCAAGUCCUACCUGUCGCAGGAGGUGCAAGUGAAGGACGGGGUGCUGAGGCUGCCUCAGAUACUAGAGUGGUACCUGGAUGACUUUGCUCAAGACCAACAGGGAAUGCUCAGGUUUGCAUUGGAUUUGUUGAGUUGAUUGACAGAUAACUUA